GUACCGGAGAAUCAGGGAAGUCGACAUUCAUUAAACAAAUGCGAAUUAUUCACGGGAAUGGUUAUUCGGAUGAAGAUAAGCGGGCUCAUAUUCGACUAGUUUAUCAAAAUGUCUUCAUGGCCAUACAAAACGUUGGAAAGUUUGUUAUUUGUCAGCUGGGAAAAAACAGGUUUAGGGGAUUUUUACCUGGAGGAUUUUAUCCUGAUUAUCGUGUAUAGGU